CCUAACCCUAACCCUAACCCUAACCCUAACCCUAACCCUAACCCUAACCCUAUUCCUAACCCUAACCCUAACCCUAACCCUAACCCUAACCCUAACCCUAACCCUAACCCUAACCCUAACCCUAACCCUAACCCUAACCCUAACCCUAACCCUAACCCUAACCCUAACCCUAACCCUAACCCUAACCCUAACCCUAACCCUAACCCUAACCCUAACCCUAACCCUAACCCUAACCCUAACCCUAACCCUAACCCUAACCCUAACCCUAACCCUAACCCUAACCCUAACCCUAACCCUAACCCUAACCCUAACCCUAACCCUAACCCUAACCCUAACCCUAACCCUAACCCUAACCCUAACCCUAACCCUAACCCAAAGAAUUGCUUCUUCAAAUAGCAAAGCCGCUCACACUGCGCCUCUCCCGUUCCUGCUUUGGACGUUUCCAACUCAGUUCUCUUUGAUUCAGAUGCUCAAGGCCAUCAUGUUCCCCAAUGUCUUCCUACUAAGGUGA